AUGGCUACGUCAAAUCCCGGUCCAGUAUAUUUCUGGCGUGAGACAGACCCAGCAACAGGAUACCUAUCACAAUGGUAUUAUUGUCCUUUCAAGGAUGAUCAGGAUGAGAAAAAGACAUACAAAACAGCAGAGCAUUAUAUGAUGCAUCACAAAGCCAUCCUAUUCGACGACGAAGCCACCGCGCUUGAGGUCCUCAAAACGGGCCAUCCACGAAAAGUCAAGUCUCUCGGCCGCCAGGUAAAGAACUUUGACGAGGCAGUAUGGCUGAAGCAUCGACGUGACAUAGUCCGAAAGGGCAACAUCCUCAAGUUCACACGGGCUAUCACAGAGGAGGGUUUCAAGAGAGGCACGCCCGGGGCAAAUCAACCAAGUUCAUUACACUGGCCCAUCGAUGGUUCUCUAGCAGAUAUGUUAAUCGACACGGGCGACAGAGAACUUGUCGAGGCCAGUCCAUUUGAUCCAGUCUGGGGCAUUGGGUUCAAAGCUGCAGAUGCAGAUGCUGCGAGAGACUCGUGGGGUGAGAAUUUGCUAGGUAAGGAGUUGAUGGAAGUUAGAAGGAUCUUGAAGGAGAGACGAGACGGCCGAAGAGCAUGA